AUGAAUAGUGACGAGAUUUUUCUAAAUGAAUUUUUGAAUGGAAGCGAUGAUGACGAUACAAUUGAAAUUUUAGCCUUGAGACGUGCAAGAAAAAAGCAAAACGAACAAAGUGCAAGCUCAAGGAAAUCACGGAGCUAUAUUGACCGGGCUACUCUAGAAGGGCAUAACCGCUUAUUCAAAGAUUAUUUUGCAACGAUACCAGUUUAUUCAUCUCAAAUGUUUCGUAGGAGAUUUCGAAUGAGUCGUGAUCUAUUUAUGAGGAUUCACUCGAGAGUGGAAGCACAUGAGCCUUACUUUCAACAAAAAAGAAAUUCUGUUGGCAAAUUAGGUUUAUCAUCACUUCAGAAAAUCACUGUAGCACUACGAAUUUUGUGUUAUGGGGUAGCAGCUGAUUUCAUGGAUGAAUAUAUACGAAUUGGAGAAACCACAACUAUAAAAAGUCUAAGGUAUUUUGUUCAAUCAAUCAUUGAUAUUUUUGGUCCUGUGUAUCUACGAAAACCAAACUCAGAGGAUAUUGCAAGAUUACUUCAAAUUGGCAAAGUUCGUGGUUUUCCAAUAAUGUUGGGCAGCAUCGAUUGUAUGCAUUGGAGGUGGAAAAAUUGUCCAACCGCAUGGAAAUGUAUGUUCACUGGUCAUUGUCACGAACCUACAAUUAUAUUGGAAGCAGUGGCAUCGUAUGAUUUGUGGAUUUGGCAUGCAUUCUUUGGGCUACCAGGGUCACAUAAUGAUAUUAAUGUCCUAGAACGAUCUCAUGUAUUUUCUGAAAUAACAAGUGGUGAGGGUUAUCCCGUUGACUACUCUAUCAAUGGUCACAACUACAAUAUGGGGUAUUAUCUAGCUGAUGGUAUAUAUCCCCCAUGGGCAACAUUUGUCAAAUCAAUUCUUUUACCUAUGAAUCGAAAGACAAAACAUUUUACUGCUGCUCAAGAAUCUGCAAGAAAAGACGUUGAACGCGCAUUUAGUGUGCUCCAGGCUAGAUUUGCAAUUGUCCGUGGUCCAGCACGAUAUUUUGAUCGUGACACACUUAAUAAGAUAACGAUGACAUGUAUUAUUAUGCACAAUAUGAUCGUGGAGGACGAACAUGAACUUCAUCCACAACCAGAUAUCUCUGAAUAUGAACAAAUCUCUAUAAGUCCUCUUGUUGCAGUCGUAUCACGCACUCAAACUCCAGAACUUAUGAAUUUUAAUCAAUCGCUUCACAAAAUCAGAGAUAGAGCAGUGCAUAACCAACUUCAAGAAGAUCUAGUGGAACAUCUAUGGAAUACAUACAGCGAGUCAUAA